UAGCUGACAAUUAUUCCGAAGAUUCUUAUUUUUACUUAAUAACGGUGUAUACUGGUGGCAGACGACAUGCUGGUACUAAAUCUCAAGUUAGUUUUAAUAUAUGUGGUGAUAAUGGUGAAACUGGCAUACGAAAACUGUCUGAUGGAGUUCGAAAGGAGAUUCGAGCUGGAAGUGUUAUGCAUUUUUUGAUGGCAACUCCGAGCUGUGUGGGUCCUCUCCAGUAUUUACAUAUUUGGCACGAUAAUUCUGGCAAUGGAAACGAUGCUUCCUGGUACUUAGACAAAGUUGAGAUCCGUGAUCUUCAAAAAAAGGAAAAAUUUGAAUUCCCGUGCUCCUUGUGGUUAGCUGUUGAAGAGGGAACUUUGGAGAAAGCACUACCAAUUGCAGGAUAUGAAGACAUGUCAGCACUAAAGACCAUUCUUUAUAAAUAUGCUGCGAAGCACGUCUCGGAUGAUCACAUUUGGUUAUCGCUAUUGCUCCGCCCCGUUAAAAGUCAUUUUACACGUGUGCAGAGAGUCUUCUGUUGCUAUGCGCUGUUAAUGCUGACAAUGAUUGCAAACGCCAUGUUUUUUGACCAGGUUGAUAAUAAAGAUAGAGAACAAAAGUCGGAUUUUAAAAUGGGGUCAAUACGAUUUAACAUGCAGGAUUUAUAUAUUUCUUUGAUCAGUGUCAUCAUAACGGCACUUCCUAUCUACGUUAUCAUGGUUCUGUUCCAAAAGUCGAAGCUCAACUUUUCUAAAGACGCCAAGAAACCUUGCUGUCUGCCGCCAUUUUACAGAAAAGUUUAUGAAGACAGUAUACAACUAGAUAAAGUAUUGGUUAUGAAGGGACUUGUCGAUGACGAAGACGGGGUUUUGCCUCACUUCUUUAUCUAUGUUGCAUGGUUUCUCGUGUUUGUUUCAUCCUUUCUGUCUGCAUUCUUUCUCCUACUGUACACUAUUGAGUGGGGGCAGAGUUUAUCUGAAUUGUGGCUGACAUCUUUCUUCCUGUCAAUAUUUGAAUCCAUUAUACUUGUAGAUCCAUUCAAGGUAAUAAUAGGUUCAUUCAAUUUUCUUCACAGUUAUUUUAAAUUCUCAGAGAAAACAUUGCUAACAUUAUACUUUAACUCAAAUUUCUUCUCAAUUAUUUUAAAUUCUCAGACAACACAUCGAUAA